AAAUGACAUUAGUAUACAUAAUGACAUAGUGAAGUGAUUGAAAACGGGGAAUUUUCAUGGUUUGGUGGGUUGAUUAGGUAUUAUCAAAUUACAGUCGAAUUCUCAACAAUUAUUCGGGGGGAAGGUUAUAAUCAAAUACCAGUGUAAACGCACGAGCUCAAGAAUUGGGAAAAUAUGGCACACAAACUGAUUCUACAGAACAUCGUUAACGAAAUCCUCAAGGAAUGUAAGAGAAUGAACAUAGAGCAUGUCGAUCAUCAAUUGUGUAACUUUUAUGUGGAUUUAUUGAUGCUGGAUCCGAACUGGGGUAUAUCCGACCAAAUAAUGAGAAUCAGAUCAGACGUCCAACAGUUCAUCCAUUACGUAGUAACACGUUUGAACAAUUCAGAACAUCCGGCAAUGAAGGCGCUAAUGAUCGAGUGUCACUUCGAAAGUCAGUUCGAUCAUUUGGAAGACAGCGCAAAAUUGCACAGAUUACAGAGCGGCGAGAAGCUGUAUUCGCUCAAACUGGCAAUUCUAGAGCCAGAUAACAAAAAUGACGUCGACUUUUUCUUCGAGCACUUGGCCAAAUAUAUAGCGCUGGCUUCGGGACUUGGUGAUCCAACCCAAAUUGCGGUGUACAAAGAGGUUGAGGUAGCAGUCAAGAGUGUUUUGACUAUAGAUGAAUUAAGUGAAUUCUGGUGUGAGCUAUAUACUGUGCGUAUGGAAAGACUUUCGCACUUGGUCAAACUGGUUUCUGGCAUAAGAUUAUAUAAUAAGGAUUGCAAAAGAGGUGGAGAGGGAGUACCUGAAUUACCCACGUUAUUAUUGAAAGCUAUAGAUGCUGUGAAGGAUAAAAUACAAGCGAUUCAUGACAAGAUCACUGAAGAAUGUUUGGAAGUUUUGACGGAUGUGAUCAAGAGCUGUUAUUAUCCCAGUAACACGAAAUACAGAGUGGUGUUAGCAGAACGUAUUCCAAAUUAUGCCGACAGUAGUGAUCUAGAGUAUUGCAAGGAUCUUCUUGUGCUAUACAAGAUUUAUCAAGAGAAACUGAGUAAAUUGGUCUCUGAGGUAGAUAGAAUCAAACAAGCUCAUGAGAAAAUUGAAACGGAAUAUAAUGAGAUCCUCUCAUUUUUGCAUGAGAAAGUCAUUCCAAACAUGCAUAUGAGAGCAUCUUUUAUUUUCCCAAUUUUUGAACACUUAUUCGAAGAAUGGUGUGAACUUCAGAACAGAACCGUAGUAUUGACAGAAUUGAAGCACACAUUUGAUAACCUGUAUGCUAUGAUGUCCUCCAUGAAUCUUGAAAAUAGAUUAAUCAAUAACUUCAAUCCAGACAAUCGAAGUUUUUGCGUUCGGAGUUUUAGUCCGCAAAAAUACAUGAGAACAGUCAAAGAUGGAAUAGUUCUAUUGAAGAAAGAGUAUAUCAGUUUUUGGGCUAAGAUGAAGAAAAGGUAUGAGUACGAAGGCCACUGUUGUUGGACUCUAGUAACUACAAAAGGAUUUUUAAUCAAAGGAAAUGACGAAUAUGGUAUCGUCAAGUAUAAAACUAAAUUUUAUACAUUCAAUUCACCAUAUGGACUGCUGAAUUUCAUCAGCGAUCCAGAAUAUUACAUUCAUCACGUUUUGGAUUUGGCACGAAAGAAAUGCGAGCUGAUUAUGUAUCUUCGAUUGAAAUCACCGUUGACUGAAUUACAAGAUAUUGAAAGAAUCGUUGAAGAAGAUAAAACAUAUGUUCAGGUGGGAAAUAUCGGUAUUCAGGCAGAUUCACACAGAGCUAAUAAAAUCGAAAUUGGAUAUGAAUCGAACAUUUGGAGACACAAAGAGAGAGCAUUGAAAAUGGCGGUCCUGUUGAAUUGCAAGACAUCUUCCACUCAAACUGGAAAUUCAUACAAUAUAGUACCGAAAGACACGCAGACAUGGCUUCUUAAAGAAAAUAACACACAAACCAUGUCUGACAAUCAUUCAAAUACUCCUGUUCCGAUGCAAUUCUUCAACGGGCUCAGAGGCAGAAAGGAUGAUAAGCAAGUUCAAAUGGAUUUUACUAGUGAUACAUUCAUGUCAAUAUGCUGAAUGCCCCAAAUAUUCGAGGGUUCAUUUGCGUUCAGAAACUGAACAGAUUAACCGUUCGAGUAAGAUAGUUCUAAUAUUUGUAACACAGCGCGAGAAUUCAAUGGUUUUGAAUGGUUUCUCCUGUUUUUCUCACGCAAACAACCAUCGAUUCAUCAGGCUUCAUCGUGGUGUCUCCUAUGCUCAUUUUAUCGCUGUACAUACACAAAUCUCAUAUUUUGAGGAAUUGAUUACUAGGGUGCAACUUUAUUGAACUCCAAAAUAUGA